UCGCAUUGAGAAAGAGAGUUUUCUCCCAAGAAAUUUCCGUAGAAUUUUACUCAGGCUGCUUCGAGCCUCCUCUACAAAAAAAUGCCGCGCGGUAAAUAUGUCAGUCACAAGGGCCGGAAUCGUCACUUUACCAGCCCCGAAGAGUUGGAGGAGCAGCGACGCCAGGAGGAAAAAAAGCUCCAAUGGAGAAAGAACAAAGGAGAAGAGAGCGAAGAAGAGGAAGAGGAACCAAAAGCUUCGCCAGCCAGUGGCUCGGACAGUGAAAGCGAUUCGGACUCAGAUUCUAAAGGAGAGGGAAAAGCAAAGGGUGUAGAAAAUUUAAUUCAAGUUGAAAAUCCAAAUAGGGUACAAAAGAAAACAAAAAAAUUAUCCACAUUAAAUCAAUCCUUAGACUCUGCAAAACCAGAGUUAUCUAGAAAAGAAAGGGAGCAGUUAGAAAAACAAAAGGCUUAUGCAAAUUAUCAGAAAUUGCAUGCGGCCGGUAAAACCGACGAAGCUCGCGCGGACUUAGCACGAUUAGCCAUAGUUAAACAGCAACGAGAGGAAGCGGCUAGGAAACGAGAACUCGAAAAGAAGCAGAAGGAACUUGCCCAGCAAAAGAAAACGGAACUGACACAGAAAGCCCUCGGCAAAAAGUCCUAGAACUUUCGAAACUGUGUCAAUUAUACAAAUACUUUGCAUCACUGCUACUAUUACAUUAACAUUACAAGCAGUUCAAUCUCUACUUUCAUAUUGAUACAAUUUAACUAAAUCCGCGCAUUUUCAGCAUGCGUUUGAUGAAGAUGUCCUUGUUUGUAUAAAUACAAUUAUUAUAGUAACUGAA